UUGUGGGCCGAAUUUGAAAUCCAAUUCAACGAUCGAUCUACUGUGCGCCACAUUCCCUUCGUUUCUGCAUGCCCUGUCAGUCAGAAUUCAUGGCUCCAACAACACGAGUGUCAAACAGAGACAAGCACCCUGGGUAUAUCUUGCGCCCUGGUGCUUACUCGGCCAAAAAAACUACUGCAAAAAUGGCAGCUAUUGACAAGGUGGUUCAGGUUAAGCAAGAAAUGGAUGAGGGUGAUACAUGGGAGGGGGAAGGGGAACCUCGUCCACCAGCACCGUCGAAUGCGAAGGCCGCGCACCCUUCAGGAACACAUGCUCGCAAUGAACUCGUCAACUCAGAGCAAGGGCAAAAAGCCGCUGCGAAGAAUAGGGAACCCCACGAAUACAAGCAUAUGCUGAAAAAGCAACCGACGCUGCAAGAACUGGUAGCCGAUACAAAGAGACAGUAUCGCUUUGAUAUCGAGGAGGAUGGAAAUGAGGAGGAACCGGAACUGGCACAGCACGGGAAGCGAAAGCAGCGCGUCGUGUACAGUGCUAGUACUGAUGAUGAGAGGUCUACGUCAAAAAAAUUCAAACGCGAUGAAUGUAUCUCCCAGCCAGUUGGCAGAGUUGAAGUUCUUCUUCCCAAGUGGCACACAAUUAUUGCACGUGACGUUGCCAAGUUGCACCUGAAGCAAACCUUCGAGUCCCACGAGACUCGUCCAAAAGAAACGAAAGGUGAGUUGUUGUUUAUUCUACUGACUAAACUCUGCUACAUCAAACAGGCCUCGAGCCAGCGCAAGCAAACAAUGUUGAUUACGGGGAUUAUGAUGACGAAGACGAGGCUGUUGAGGAGGACGAGGAUGAGGAAUCAGACCUCAUCGACCGGAACGGCCCCCACUGGCAUACGCCAUCCGAAGUUUCCCAGCGUGUGCACUCAAAUGACAUACGGCACGCGUCCGUAAGUCCUGCACAUAAUUCGCAAUCUGGGACGUGUGAUCCUGUUAACGGCGCCGCUGGUGUGCAGCGUAAAUCUACCCCACCCGUAUCUAAUCAACGCAAAGUCACGGACACAUUACCACAAGUUACACAGUUUCAGGAUCGCGUCCCUGCUCGUUCCACACAACAGCCGGCAAAGAAACCACAGCCACGGUUCCGCGUGGAGGAUCUACCGGAUGGCAGUCAGCAGCGCUUCCGUGAGAACUUGGGUCCCUUGUGGCUUGACUUCGUUUCCACCCUCGAGAA